GGUCUCGUGUUAUAAACACAAAUUUUAUUUACGAACAGGUUAUGGUAUACAAAAGGAGAGAGGAGAAGAGCGGGUUUCGAUGUAAAUAAUCUCUCAAAGCUAUUUAAUACCGAAUCUUUCGUGACCUGCCGUUCGACUGAUAAGAGGAUUCUAUUAUCCGCGUGCAAAAGUUAACUGUCUGUUGCAAUUACACUGUUAAAACAAUCUUGCAAUUGUGAUCUUAACCUAGUAACUGCUUGAUAAACUUCUCAUAUUCCUAAAUAAAUUAAGAGUUUGCGGAUAAUGGAGCGUUGUCACAAUUGUGGUGAACAUACGAAGACAGAUUCAGGUCCUUGUUGCACUUUAUAUAAUAAAAUAGACAUUGCUAGGGUACAAUGUCUGAAUGAAUGCACAGAAGGUACCGGUGCAACAGUCUUCAAACCAUGGGAGGAAAGGUUAAACAGAAUUAAGUUUGUGGAAAGUGACGUAGAUGCUGAGCUUUUAUUCAAUAUACCUUUCACAGGAAAUGUGAAAUUGAAGAGCAUCAUUGUAAUUGCAGAUGAAGAGUUAGAACCUAAUACAGUGAAAUUAUUUAAAAAUCGGCCAAACAUGGUGUUUGACGAUGUGAUUUCUCCGGAUCAGGAAUUUCACUUACAAAGGGACCCACAUGGUUUGAUCGAGUAUCCCGUGAAGACAGUCAAAUUCUCAUCUGUAAAUCAUUUGAGUCUUUACUUUCAUGGUAUCGGGGAACAAAUCAGAAUUUACUACAUUGGAUUGAGGGGAGAGUGGACUCCAUCUCACCAGCACGGUGUAACUAUUUGUGCAUAUGAAGCACGUCCCUUAAUUAGUGAUCACACACAUAGCUUCAGCCCAGUUUCCAAUAUACAUAUUAAAUGAUACCUUCGUUAAAAUUUGCC